GAUCCUUGAAAACAAAUCAUAUGUUUAUGUUAAACUAGUCUGUAACGUGAAGAUACUGUCACUUUACUCCACUUGUGGGAAAAGUCAAGUAGUCUUUUGGUUAUUAAAAAAACAAUUAAGAAACGAGUGUCAACAUGUCGUAAUCUCCGCAGUUCCCCGAUAUAUUUACUGGAUGGAGAGUUUUGGUGAAUGAGGCGACGCUGUAUGACCCAACAUGCUUUUAAAGUCAAGAAUGAGGAAAGGCGUUCAAGUUGCGAAGUGAACAAGCACACAGGGAACACAGACGACGCACGUCAAGUCAGCCCCGUUACUCUCCAGCCAUGGGAACGUUUUUAGACCGUCCAGUGAUACUGUUUCUUUUUCUGAUAUCGCCAUCAAACGUUUUCGGUUCCAACAUCUGCACGUCACAAGGGGUCACCACUUGUCGACAGUGCUUGGCUGUAGACCCUGGAUGUGCGUGGUGCUAUCAGGAGGAGUAUGGGAACGGGGGAUCAGGUGUAUCCCGCUGUGACCUGAAGGAGAAUCUACUGGUUGGAGGGUGCGAUCCGGCAGCUGUGGAGUUUCCAUCCAGCAUUCUGGAUAUAGACAAGGAUGCACCGCUCAGCAGCAAGGCCUCGGGCACAGCUGAUGAUAUCACUCAGAUAAGGCCUCAGAAAAUCCGUAUUGCACUAAGACCAGGAGAUUCCAAGCGUUUCACCGUGUCAGUGAAACAGGUGGAGGAUUACCCAGUGGACCUCUACUAUCUGAUGGAUCUUUCAUUUUCAAUGAAGGAUGACUUGGCUAGCCUUCGCACCUUGGGCAAUGAGCUUGCCAUGACCAUGGGCCGCACCACAAGCAACCUACGCAUGGGGUUUGGAGCCUUUGUGGACAAAACCGCCUCCCCUUACAUGUACACCUAUCCUCCAGAGGCAGUGGAAAACCCUUGCAAUGGAAUUCAUGAUACAUGCCAGGCUCAAUUCGGGUUCAAGCAUGUGCUGUCACUGACGGAGAAGGUGGCUCGCUUCACUGAGGAAGUGGUGAAACAGGAGGUGUCUAGAAAUAGAGAUGCUCCAGAGGGUGGUUUUGAUGCUGUCAUGCAGGCUGUGGUGUGCAAGGACAGGAUUGGCUGGCGUCCAGAUGCCUCACACCUUUUGGUAUUCACCACUGAUGCCAUAACUCACAUCGCUCUGGAUGGACGUAUAGCUGGAAUUGUCCAGCCCAAUGAUGGAGAGUGUCACCUUGAUAAUGAGAACGUUUACAACAAAUCCACUGUGCUGGAUUAUCCCUCCCUGGCACUCAUGGCAGAGAAAAUGUCUGAAAACAACAUCAAUUUAAUUUUUGCCGUGACCAAGCAUGUGGUGCCACUUUACAAGGAUUACAGUCAGCUCAUUGCAGGAACAACUGUGGGAGAACUGACCGAUGAUUCUGGGAAUGUUGUUAACCUCAUUGUGGAUGCUUAUGCUAAAAUCCGCUCUAAAGUGGAGUUGGAGCUACUGGGAGUCCCAGAAGAGUUGAAUCUCUCCUUCAAUGCCACUUGCCUGAAUGGAGAGGUCAUCCCUGGACUCAAGUCGUGCACUGGCCUCAAGAGUGGAGACACAGUGUCAUUCACUGUGGAGGUUCAGUUGCGUAGCUGCCCCAAAGAGAAGAGCCAGGCUUUUACCAUCAAACCGCGAGGCUUCAAGGAUUCCUUGGAGGUCACUGUGGACUUUGCCUGCGGCUGCGACUGUGAGGCGAACGCCAUAGCCGACAGCCCCGUCUGUAGCAAUGGCAACGGGACCUACGAGUGUGGUGUGUGUCAGUGUCACCAAGGUCGUCUGGGCCCAAGAUGCGAGUGCUCGGUGGAGGACUACAGUCCAUCUGAUGAUGUCAACUGCAUCCCGAAGCCAGGGAACCCAAUCUGCAGCGGGAGAGGGGACUGUUUGUGCGGACAGUGCUCCUGCCAUGCAAAUGAGUUCGGUCAGGUUUGGGGCAGGUUCUGCGAAUGUGACAACUUCAACUGCUUGCACUUCAAAGGGGCACUGUGCUCUGAUCAUGGUAAGUGUAGCUGUGGCCUCUGUCAGUGCGACGCUGGCUGGAAAGGAGAAAACUGUAACUGCAGCACACGCAUAGACACCUGCAUGUCCAGCAUUGGCCUGCUGUGCAGCGGCCGGGGUAACUGCCAGUGUGGGGUUUGUCAAUGCACUCAGCCCGGUGCCUACGGAGAUACCUGUGACAAAUGCCCCACUUGUCCUGAUUCCUGCACUAUAAAAAAGGAGUGUGUUGAGUGUCAACACUUCGAGAGAGGACAGUACACCGAAGACAACAGCUGCAAUAAAAUCUGCAAAAAUCAAAUUGAAGUAGUGGAUGAACUAGGUUUCCAUGAUAAUGAUAGAAAUAAAAAUGCGGUGAAUUGCUCAUACAAAGAUGAGGAUGACUGCAUUGAGCACUUCCAGUAUUACGAAGAUGAAAAUGGAAAAUCCAUUCUGUAUGUGGUCAAAGAGCCAGAGUGUCCUCAGGGUCCAGACAUUUUGGUGGUGCUCUUGGCUGUGACCGGAGCCAUUCUGCUACUGGGCCUCAUUGGACUGCUCAUCUGGAAGCUGCUAGUCAGCAUCCAUGACCGCAGAGACUUCGCCAAGUUUGAGGAGGAGAGAGCCAAAGCCAAAUGGGAUACGGCUAACAAUCCCUUAUACAAGGGAGCCACCUCUACCUUCACCAAUGUCGCGUACCGAGGCAACUAACGACUAAAUGCAAUGAGGAACAACUCAGGGGUCAACGACAGAGAUGGAAUGUAGUAGAGCAAUGGGUGGGAAGAAGAUCCUACACUGUAGCUGAAAACUAGUUAAUGCUGUCAACAACAUGGUGUAAUGAUUGCACAUACAGUAAAAAUAACUAAAACUGUUAAUGUAAUUCAGGCAGUUGCCUGCUAUUAGACUUUGUUUUUACACUAUGUCAUGCAGUUUUGGUACUGUACAUGCUGAUAGGAGUUCAUUAACAAAAACAGCAUUUGUAGUGUGGCUCACAUUAAAAUAGAAAUCAUCAUGACCUAAUAGUAAUGAGUCCGUAUAGAAAAUAGAGUGCAGCUUUUUUUAAGUUCACUUUUCUCUCAAUUGAAAAGGGCAAUUCCAUUUUAUUUGUUUGGGAUUUGUUUUUCUUUGCUGAAAAAAAACAAACCCCGUAAUAAAAUAUUUAAGUAUAAAAGGAAAGGGCAGUUCCAAACGAACCACAGGAAAUUUUAUAAGUAAACAGAAAAUAUGUACUAUAGUAUUUUGAUAAAUUAUUAAAACAAGCUUCUAGGGUUUUCAUGUAGGCUAUAUGACCAAUUCCCUUUUUUCUAAUAAACAAUAAAGCUUGUAGUAUUCAUUUUGACAACAAUGCAGCACUGCGGAGUAUCGGUUAACUGUAAAAAGGAGUAAAUCCACUUAUCUACAGCCUCGAGGCUGACUUAGCUUACGGUGAUCUUUGUGGUGUAUAUUGUUUUUUAAAUGCAUGUCAGUGAUGGUAAGUUAAUAAAUGCUUUGACAUGUGUGUUUUGUUUUUAUCCCUGCACCAUUAACUGUUUUUGCGUUUGUUGGGCUUUUUUGUUGUUUGUUUUAUUUGUUAAAUUCGAUGGUGAUCAGCACUGUGUUACUCUGAAAUGCUAUGCAGUUAAUUUGUGUAUAUAAGCUGAUUUUAUUGCACAUCAAAUGAUAUUUGCCAUGCUGCUUUGUAAUUGUUGGUAACAAACAAACUUACUGUUGCUCUUUUGUAACCUCCAUUUGGGAGAAAAGAGGAGUAUUUUGGUUGUACAGCUCUGAUCCUCUCUUAGGACAUGGCCUGUAAGCUCAUUGCAUAUGUCUGUAUUUUUUUUUUUCCACCAUUUUUUAAAAUGCAGGGUGGAGUUUAACUCCAGAUUGUUACACAGAGGAAAUGUAUAAAUAUUAAUUAUACUUGACUUUGACAAUGUUUGUGUGAUGCUUGAUAUUUGGGUUUCUUUAACAAAUGUCAAAGCUACUUUUAGCCUUUAUUAGGAUCAGAUGUACAUUACAAAAGUUACUUGAAGUUCAUAUUUCAGAUCAAAAAGUUGUCUAAAAAUUCAGAAAUAGAAAAAUUGCCUCCCAGUUUCACUCAGGCACAAACAAGGGUGCCAGUUUGCCUCCUGGGCAUUACCGAGUUGCCCUUGAGCAAGGCACUCGACCCCCAAAAUGCUCUGCGGGCGCUGUAUAGUACCUUCCCACUUUUUCCAAAUACUAGUAUGGGUUAAUGCAAAUGCUAAAUCGUGUGCUGUGUACAUGUGCACAUUUUGCAUUUACAUUCAAUUCAGACAGUUUUACUAUGAUGUUAAAACUAGUGUCGGUGUGCAGAAGCGAAAAUUUCCUUUGACCACAUCCGGUCACAACUUAUCUACUUAACCGUAUCAAGUCAUAGAAUACUUCCUGUUGCAUUGCCAAUGAUGUCAAAUUGGUAUUUCCCUUGUCUGUUGUUGUGCCCUGCUCUGCUGAUAAAACUUUGCACUUCCCCUCACAUCCCACAACAUAUCUUUGUUACCCUAUCCUGUUCACACCAGCCCGAUGAGUCCACUCAAUGUGUGCUGAAUCCAGUUAUGUUUUACACUGUUCAUUGGUACUUUAGUUACCCUUGGAAAUAAAAGCGUACAUUUAUCACAAUUGUCUAUUAUUUUCUCUUAUAGCUGAAAUUAAGUUACAAAUAAAACAAUAGAAUGUGUUCCCUCUUAGCUGGUUACCUGUACACUAAAUAUGCACUUACUAGUAUUUUCUAAACGUGUAUACUUUGUUGUGGACAUUACCAUAUGUGUAGAUUACUGUUCAUACUGUAAUCUAACUUGUUUGGUCAUUGGCAUGUAGCAUCUCUACUGUUUUACAGUACAUAUUUUUUCUAAAUGAUGAGCGUGUCUGGCUG